GGGCCGCUCCCAUUUUCAGGAAGAGCUCAGCACCUGUUGGUUUAUUAUUCACAGCAGAGAGCCUGAGGUGAAGGACAACAGAGGUGCUCAACACAGACCAACAUGCAGAGCGUCAGCUCUCCUGGAGGUCGAGUCCUCUCUGAGGACCAGUUCAGCUGCUCGAUAUGUUUGGAAAUCUUCGUGGAGCCUGUCUCCACUCCUUGCGGUCACAGCUUCUGCAAAGCCUGUCUGCAGGGCUACUGGAACCACAGCAAGAAGUUCCAGUGUCCCAUGUGCAAGAAAACCUACUCCAGAAAACCGGAGAUGAGUGUCAACCGGGUCCUGGCUGAGAUAUCGUCCCAGUUCCAGGGGCUGGUGGUGUCUGGAGGUGCUGCAGGAAGCCCCUCACGAGUGGGCUCAGUGAAUUUAAACUUAGACACAUCAGGCCACACUGGCCCCAGCAGCCUCAGCAGCCCCCAGGACACUGGGGAGUUUGCCCAGCCUGGGGAGGUUCCCUGUGACGCUUGUAUCGGGAGGAAGUUAAAGGCCCAUAAGUCUUGUGUGAACUGCCCUGGAUCAUUCUGUGAGACCCAUCUAAGACAUCACAAAAGGGUCAAGACUAUGACUUCACAUCGUCUAAUUGAGCCCACCUUCCACCUGGAGGAAAAGAUCUGUAAAAAACACGAACGUCUUCUGGACGCUUAUUGCCGCACCGAUCACUCCUGCAUCUGCUCAGCCUGUGCAGACGCCACGCACAAGUCCCACGACAUCGUCUCCAUUGACCACGAGUUCAAGAAAAAGACGGCUGUUCUGGGAAGGAAGAGAUCAGAGCUGAAACAUCUGAUCAAAGAGAGAACUAAAAAACUGGAAGAGAUCAAGCAGUCCAUCAAGGUUAUCAAGGCCAACGCUCAAAAGGAGCUGGAAGACAGCUGGCAGGUCUACGCCGAGCUGCAGAGGCUGGUGGAGCAGAGUCAGGCCGAACUGGUGGAGCUGAUUGCYACAAGGCAACGUGAGGCCGAGCGCCACGCCCAGGAGCUGGCCCGAGGUCUGGAGAACGAGCUGAGCCAACUGAAGAGGAAGAGCAAUGAACUGGAGGCCCAGGCUCAGAGCAAGGACAAAGUGAUCUUCCUUCAGAACCUCUCAGCGCUGUCACCCCUACCUGAGCCCAAUGAUUGGUCAGCGGUCAUGGUCAACACCGACCUCUAUCUGGGAACCAUUCGCUCCUCCGUCAGCAACCUUGUUGACAAGUUCAACGAGGAACUUAAGCGACUGUAUGGUAAAGAGCUACGAAAGUUGCAGAACUAUGCCAGUGAAGUGAUUCUGGAUCCAUCCACUGCCCAGAAGAACCUGGUCGUGUCUGACGAUGGUCAGCAGGUAAAAUACGAAGAGCGUAAGGUUUCACACUCAGAGGGUUCGAAGCACUUCAACCCAGCCCUCUUCGUCCUGGCUCGAGAGGGCUACAACUCUGGCCGGCACUACUGGGAAGUGGACGUCGGACGUAAGAUAGCCUGGACGCUCGGCGUGGCCAGGGCUUUGGCCCGCCGCAAGGGCGAGAUCAAUCUGAGUCCCGAGGGCGGGUACUGGUGCCUGUGGCUGAAGAACGGCGAGGUGAAAGCUCUGGCUGCCUCCCGCCUGUCUCUAAUGCUGCCGAGUCAUCCCAGCAAAAUAGGAAUCUUCCUGGAUUACGAAGCCGGUCAGCUCUCCUUCUACGACGUGAAGGCGCGCCUACACCUCUACACCUUUAAGGAUAAUUUCAAYGAUAGCGUGCAUCCCAUCUUCAGUCCCUGUCUGACCCAUGAGGGGAAAAAUGCAUCUCCUCUCAUCAUAACCCACGUCAAACACAGCUGAGGCUGGCAGACAGCUAAACAUUUGUCACAACUUGAUUAAGGGUCACGAACAAAGGGCUUGGAAUGAGUCUUUUAAAGAUGAGGAUUCUUGUUUACCAAGCACCUCACAUCAAACAAUGUCCACUUUGUUAGAAAUGAUCAAAGAAAGUGACUUUGAAACUUUGACAACACUUCCUCAUCAAACUGUGGACUGUUUUUGUAAAAAAAAAAUUUGACUGCUAACAGUCUCAUCUUCUACUUUACAAAGAACUGAGCAUUGUUUAAAUGUAAAUAUCUCUAGGUACAGAAACACAAAAACAAUCAAUCAAAAAAAUUAAAUUAAAUUGAACACCAGUUUUCCAGAGUUUCCUUAACUCUAUGUUAUCUCUAAAGUUUUAUUUAAUCUCUGGUUUUGUUGGAUUUUCGAAAAUAAUUGAUAAAUUGUCUAUUUCUGUGACUUUACGCAAGAAUUUUGAGGCCUUUGAGACUUUUUAUGUUCAAUUUGAUAAAUGUAAAAUGCUGAAGGAACCCAGACAAAGGUUUUUUUUAAGUAAUGUGUUUAGGUGGGUGGAUGUUAUGUUUUCUCUUUAACAUUUACUUUUGUACGUUCCUGAACUUGUUCAAUAAAGAUAAUCUCUAGUUGUAAAAUAAACCAUUCAA